GUUUCCUGUGCACCGGAAGUGAUCCCCUGCGUGGCUGGGCUGCUCGGGUUAGAGCGUCAGGUGAGGGAGGAAGGGAUAGCCAGCGCGAAGGAAGUGCUGGAGUCGUGUGUUUUGGCUGCGCGUGAUCCUGCGUGGGUCGGGAGGUGUUUUUGUGAAGAGCCUAAAGAUUAGACUGUAAGAAAAGAAAAUAGAAGCCAUGUUUCGAAGACCUGUAUUACAGGUACUUCGUCAGUUUGUAAGACAUGAGUCUGAAACAACUACCAGUUUGGUUCUUGAAAGAUCCUUGAAUCGUGUGCAGUUACUUGGGCGAGUGGGUCAGGACCCUGUCUUGAGACAGGUGGAAGGAAAAAAUCCAGUCACAAUAUUUUCUCUAGCAACUAAUGAGAUGUGGCGAUCAGGGGACAGUGAAGUUUACCAAUUGGGUGAUAUCAGUCAAAAGACAACAUGGCACAGAAUAUCAGUAUUCCGGCCAGGCCUCAGAGACGUGGCAUAUCAGUAUGUGAAAAAGGGGUCUCGAAUUUAUUUGGAAGGGAAAAUAGACUAUGGUGAAUACAUGGAUAAAAAUAAUGUGAGGCGACAAGCAACAACAAUCAUAGCUGGUAAGAAGCUUGUGAAAAUAUCUGUUUUUUCUUUUUCUCCUUUUCUUUUUUAAAAGCUUGGCUAUAUUGUAACUAACUAACUAGGGUUGAGAGUACUAGUACUUACGAGGUAAGGCAACUCACUAGAAGAUGUCCAUGACUCUGAUUUCUCUACUUGCUAAGAGUUUCUACAUUUACCCAUUCCUUUAAAAAAUUAUUUUUAUACUCACAGUUUUAGUCACAAGUAACUUUUGAAUAAAGCCUAAAACUGAAUUGUCCAUCCCAGUACUUAUUGUUGAGAAUUACAAAAACUGAAUGUAUUGUGUUUUGGAAGGAUCUAGCCCUAACCAGGAAGAAGCGUAUGCCAAGAUAAGAAUUACACUAAUGUGAGUGUGCAGAUUUAUUUGGAAACUCUUUGGCACUUAGUAUGCGAAAUUUCUAUUUGAAAUUAAGAUUUUUUAAAUUU